AUCCCGCGCGGCGGUCAGAAGCGGAAGCUCACGUGCUGUGUUUGCUUGUCCUCCGAGAGACGCGACGCGGGUACGGGGAAGAGAAGCGGGGUUCCGGGUGGGCUCCCAAGCAGCCAGCCUACAGCCAUGGCUAUCCUGUUUGCAGUUGUAGCCAGGGGCUCCACGAUCCUGGCCAAACAUGCUUGGUGUGGAGGAAACUUCCUGGAGGUGACGGAGCAGAUUCUGGCCAAAAUACCCUCUGAGAACAACAAACUCACCUACUCCCAUGGAAACUAUCUGUUUCACUACAUCUGCCAGGACCGGAUUAUAUACCUCUGCAUCACUGAUGAUGACUUUGAGCGUUCCAGAGCUUUCACGUUCCUGAAUGAAAUCAAGAAGCGGUUUCAGACCACCUAUGGCUCCCGUGCACAAACAGCUCUGCCAUAUGCCAUGAACAGCGAGUUUUCCAGUGUUCUGGCUGCACAGCUGAAGUACCACUCAGAGAACAAGGGCCCUGACCAGGUGGCAGAGACACAGGCCCAGGUGGACGAGCUGAAAGGGAUCAUGGUCCGCAACAUAGAUCUGGUGGCCCAAAGGGGAGAAAAGCUGGAGUUGCUGAUAGACAAAACUGAAAAUCUUGUGGAUUCGUCCGUCACUUUCAAAACAACCAGCAGAAACCUGGCUAGAGCGAUGUGCAUGAAGAACCUCAAGCUCACCAUCAUAAUCAUCAUAGUAUCCAUUGUCAUAAUUUACAUCAUUGUGUCAGCUGCUUGUGGUGGGCUCUCGUGGCCAAAUUGUGUCCACAAGUAGCUGUUGGAACACGUCUACAUGAGAGCACACGUGAGCAAGAAUUUCUGAAGGAACGACCCUCAUAAAACAAACAUGGACCUCCUUGUUCUUCAUCCUUCCAGGACACUCAGGUCUUUUUGCCUUAUCACCCCAAAAGGGCCUGUGUGGGACCCCAAGCCAGAGGGAGGCAUCUUUCUUUUAAACCUACCUACUUGAAGGGAGUUUUGUCUUUUAAUUGCAAGGCUUCCCAAGAGGUAAGGAAAGUGGUUGACAUUGGGAGGGUCUAAACAUACUUCUGUAUUACCAUGCUUUGCACUUUACUGUCCUGAUUCCUGGGAGGAGGGGAGAGCUGAUGGUCAUUUGUCCUGUUCAUCCUUUGGCCCUUGAGGGGGCAAUGUGGGUGGGACCACCGAAGCCAAUGGGUUCCUGUUUACAUACCGUAGCCCAGAUGCAUGUGAUCAGCUCCUCCCACAAUUGCUUUCCCAGUGGUGCCUUUCCUAAACUCAUGUCAGGCUGUGACUUGUCCUUGGAGGAGCCUCCUGUGGCCACCUGAUGUGCACACUGGUGGGCUCUGCUUUGUGACUUGGGUGAUUGCCAAGUGUGUAAUGUUUCGAUGUUGCUGUAAUGUAUCUGCUCUGUAGUGUUAAGUGUUUUUUCUCCUGCCUGGAAUGUUUUGGAAUGUUUUCAGUCUGGAAAAAGUGCUCGGCUCAGGCUCCACCUGCAGGGUCAGUGAGAAGGGGCUAAAAUAUUGCUCCAGUGAACAAAGCCCUGUAACAGAGCACUUGCACAAUGCACAACAUAGGUUAUUAGUCAACUUGAUUCUGAAUGGGGUGGGGUGGGGAGGGGAGGGUUCUUAACAGGCAAUGAGUAAAGUCAGAUGACAGGCCAGAAAACAACACAGAGAUCUUCAUCUGCUGAUCUGGGGGAGGGGCAGGGGGAAGGCUGAAAAGAACUGCUUAAGGCUUACUCAAAAUUCCCAUGGAAUCGACCCAUCAAGUACUUUCUCUCCCCCCCUCGCCCCCCCCCACUCCUGUCAUGCAUUGCCCUAAUUGCAUACAGGAGUUUCACAUCAUUGUCAGCUGCUGAUAGAUUGCGCAAAUGCAAUUGGAUGCCAUUUCAAAGCUUGUAUGCAUGCUGAGUGCACUCCUGGACACUUUGGAGUGAUUUUUGUGGCAGAAUCUACCCGGGAGCUAAAGCUUCUAUGGGAUCUUGCACUAAAAAUAAAGGGCUGCUGUUUGAAAUGUUGGUGGGCAAGGCAAGAUUGCAGUCCCAAUGGGAUACUCUGCAUAUGCUGCCCCAAGACCUCAAACUGACAAGAUACUUUGGCUGUCUUCAUCCUUGUGUGUUGGGAGUAUAGGACAAGAACAAAUUAUAUAGGAAAUGAACACUGAUUUGUGCUGGUUACAGCAGCCAUAGGACAUUUAAACGUUCCUCCUCCCCAGGUUUAUAUGCUACUGAAGAACUGAGGCAACUCCCUAAAGUAGGGUGGCACUUUGCCACUCCCUCUGUGCUGUUCUUUUACUAAUGCUUUUUUUCUGUAAUGAGGUAAUUUUCAACAGCAACAUAGGUGAGUGUUGCUUUAUGCCCUAUCCACUGUGCUGCAGAAGUUGGGCUAUCCUGGGCAUGUCCUCACUUGCCAGGGCCUGCUAUCUGAGAAGGGCUCCCCUAAUAUUUUUUCCAGGCACAUGUCAAUGUUCACUUAAUUGUGCAUGUUUCAGAAUUAGUUGGUAGCAGUUAAUUUUCUUAUUUUUGUUGCCUUUAUGUAAAACCUUUAAGAGAAACAGCUUCUUCCUGUUUUAAAAUUACACUGAUGCAUUGUAAAAUAAAGUUAAUCUGUUUGAAUAAAACUGUUGUACAAAUAA